AUGCCAACCACACAACCAGGAGGAAAAGUGCUCGUAUCUGGCGCAAAUGGGUAUCUUGCCAUUUGGGUAGUUCAAACCCUGCUCGAGCGCGGGUACUCCGUACGCGGAACAGUCCGAUCGGAGGAGAAGGGAAGGUACCUGAAGGAGUAUUUUAAACCUUUCGGUGAAAAGUUGGAGGUAGUGGUCGUUGAGGAUAUCUCCAAGCCAGGAGCGUUUGACGAGGCCGUGAAGGGAGUGGACGCGAUCGCACACACUGCAUCGCCAUUCCACUCCAAUGUCGAAGAUCCGCGAGACUUUUACCAGCCGGCUAUCCGAGGAACCGUCGGGAUUCUCGAGAGCGCGCUGAAGAACGGGACUAACGUGAAAAGAAUCGUCGUUACGUCCUCGACCGCCGCUGUCAUGGACCCUCCUUCAAAGCCUACUACGUUCAGUGAGAAGGACUGGAACAUGGGAUCGGUUAAAGCAGUCGAGGAAAAGGGUAAGAAAUCGGAGCCGAUGGAGAUAUACCGCGCGUCGAAGACGCUAGCUGAAAAAUCCGCAUGGGACUUUGUCGAGAAGAACAAGGACAAAAUUCAAUGGGAUUUGACGGUUCUCAACCCUCCCUUCAUUUUCGGCCCUCCAAUCCAUGACGUUAAAUCACUUUCGGCGCUGAACACGUCCCUUCAGUAUUGGUACAACAUGGUGGUAGCCGAUACACCCAAAACCAAGGAGUCUCUUUCCGGAUCUAGCUCGUGGACCGAUGUCCGCGACAUUGCAGAGGCACAUGUCAGGGCAUUGGAGAAGGACGCGGCAGGAGGAGAACGUAUCAUUGUUAACGGCGGUUCGUACCACUGGCAGGACUGGAUUGAUACCGCGAACUCCAUUCAACCUUCGCCCAUUCCAUCGCACAAGCUCCCUCGAGGGGUUCCUGAGAUGGAAAGGGUGUACCUGAUCAACUACGACAAAACGAAGGAGGAGAAGAUCCUCGGAAUCAAGUUCUUCACCCAGGAGGAGUCGACUAGGGAUAUGUUGGCUGACUUUGAGAGGCGAGGAUGGUAG